CCUAUUGGGCAUCUGCCGAAGUUUUAAAUGAAAACCGCCGAUAGAGGAUAGAGGUUGCUGGGCCUUCCGAGCGGAUGGUGGAGUGCUUGGUCUCGGUCUCCUGGUUGUGCAGGCAAUGAUUUCUUUCCAGCAAAAGAUUUUAAACUUAAUCAAAUAUUUCAGAAGACAAUGGCCCUUAUUUUCAAACUCAGAAAGAACUACUGUGUGUGGAGCAGAUUGCAUGCUGACAGCAUUACAACUGUCCAUGGCUGAAGUCAAUAAACAGCACUAUGGAGAUUUCACAGUAUCUCUCAGUGAUGUGAUGGAAACUUGGAAAUAUUUGUUACAUGACAAACUAGGAUUAUCGUAUGAGAACAUGGAAGAACCUGAAAAUUAUGCUGACUUUAAAAAGGCCUAUCAUACCUUCUUAGCAAGCAGCAAUAUGUUAGAUAUAAUAGACAUAUAUCAAAAGUGCCAUGAUCUUGCACUUGUGUCUGAAGACGAAAGCAUAGCCCCUGUUCAACUGCUAGAAUUUAUUUCUGGUGUAACGAAAGUGUCAGACAGUAAUGGUUCUGUUCUUCCUUCUACACCAGUCAAUGGACAGGAUCAGAGCAGGGUGAAGGUGAUGCUCUUUGCCAAGAAGUGUUUUUAUUCGUAUUUAAGCCUGUUGGUGAAUUCUAAGGAUGAUCUGGCAUUGGCUCGUAUUCUAAAUGUUCCUGACAGAGGACUUGAUAGAGAAGCCUUCACUAAGUUAAAGCAUGCCUCACAGGAGAGAAAAAUGUCAAUUUUCCUGAUGGCAACAUCUUUUAUCCGAACAGUAGAACACGGAGGAAAAGGCUUUUCAGCUUCAUUAUUUGAUCCACUAAGAGCCCACGUAAAGGGGCUUUCUAACUUCAUUAAUUUUGUUGACAAGCUGGGAGAAAUUGUUGGUGAAAUCCCAGAUCCAAGAAUCGCAGGGGGGCAAAUUCUGUCAACAGUGAAGACGCAUUUGAUGAAAGGCCGAAGCAAUGGGGAUCCUUUCUAUCAGGCAGUAGAGGAAGUUGUACAAGAUUUGGAUUUGAAGAUUAAAAAUAUUAUCGAUUCACAACAUGAAGUCUUGACUGCUAGCACCACUGGAGUCAGUCCAACACGGCCAAAAUUGCAUUCCAUAAACCACGGCACUGUAUAUUGUGGCAGAGAUACUAUAAAGGUCCUACUAGUUCUUCUGGAUAAAGAAGCAGUCAGUGCUCCUACCCAGAACAAAGCGGAAUUAUUAUAUGAUGAUUUAAACUUAAAUAUGUUUGGAAUCACCUCUUUUUUGACACUCUUCAGAUCUCCAGAACAGUCUAAAGAAUCUUCUCCAAAACCUCUUAGACAGCGUAUUCAGAUAUCUGUGGAUGAAAAAAUAAUUAAGAUGAAGCAAUCUUCAAUCAAAUCUCAGUUUGCAUGUACAUACAAAAAUGAGCCGAGUAAAAUAAGGGGUCAGCAAUUCCUCAGCAGUAGCCGAAUGCCAGCCUGCAUACAUCCUGCAGCAAAGCAGCGUUUAAAAGAAGGUAUGAAUUCACAUCUUGACAUACCAGUGCUUGGAACUAUUUCUGAAAAUGUUAAUCAGAAUAGAAAUUAUAGAGAAAUGGGGAAAUUGAGUUGUCAGCCAAAAAGCAAGAACUCCAAGAAUGAACAGAUGGAUCUGAAUAAUGACAAUGUUAUCUAUGAUGAAGAAAGUGAAACAUCUUUGCCAAAAAAUGCUAAGAAACGUAAGACUUCAAACAACCUUCAGAAGGAAUUGGACAGCAAAGUUGAUGGAAAAAGAAAGAACAACAGAACUGCAAGCAAGAAUAAAUUGAUUGUUGGUCAGGCAAAAUUAACUCAAUUUUUUAAACUGUAAGUUUUUAUUUUGACCUGCAUUGUCUAUUGAAUACUUCAGAAGUUGUAAGAUUUUGGGAGAAAAAGGUGAAAUACAUGGUUUGCUUUUCUUCAUACUCAAAUCAAUGAAAAUAGAUUGUGUGUAUUACUAGACAAAUACUUACAAGUCUGAUUGUGCAGAUAUAUUUUAUUUUUGACAAGAAUACAUCAGUGUUUACAACUAUGUUCUGUUUUGGUAAUGAAUUAUGUUUCUCUCAACACUGCAAUGUGAAAAUAAAUUUAGCAAUACGUAUAGCAAAACUAAGACACAAUAGCUUCCAAUCACAUUAAACUCAUAAUAAAAUGCUUAAUCUUUUUCGAAGAAGGUGCUGCGAGUCAGUAGUUUUCAGACUUGCCAACAGGGUCGAUAGACUCUUCCCAGCAUACAUCUGAGCACUACAAAAAUACAAAGUGAAAGUUUAAAAUAUCAAAGAACUGGAAUUCUGUAUGUCCUACAAAUGCCUACGCCUCAGCCCUCCAGACUAUUUACAGUAGAGGUAAGUUGGAAUUGCAGGAUUUAAAUAGUACUAACAAAUCCUGGAUAUUACAUGGAGUUUCUAACUGGGCUUUUAACAGAUGGUGUCAGAGACACUGAAGUAUACUUACUGUCAAAAUCUCUCCUUCCUAUGGGGAAUUUAGCUGAAUUUUCUUCUUCUACUGUCUCUCUUUCCUGUACUGAUUCAAUCUUCUGAAUUUCGGUGUCAGCUGGAAAAGCAAUGGCUCCCUUCAGUGCAAGGUAAGGUAAUUGCUCUCUGCCUGCACUGAUUGGUACACCAUGAUUUAAGAAGUCAUGUCUGAAAUUGAUGUCCUGUUUUAAGGAAAAAAACAUGAGUAUCAGUUAAUCUUAAAAAAAAAA